AUCACUUUCUUCCACCAGGGGUCGCACUUCAGCCAGUUUCUCUUUGCGGAACCAUCGAGCAACAGCUCCUCAGAACGGGGGAGUGGAAAGAGUGUGACACACUUACCAAACAGUAUGUGAAAAGAAGGUUGUUUGACAGUGGUAUGAGGGGGUAAACCAAGAUGGCCACCCGCCGUGUUCCACUACUCCUGCUAGCCUGCGGCUCCUUUAAUCCCAUCACUAACCAGCACAUGAGGCUGUUCGAGCUGGCCAGAGACCACAUGCACAGCACAGGCCAGUACCAGGUGGUGGGUGGCAUCGUGUCUCCAGUGAGUGACGGUUAUGGAAAGCGAGGCCUGGUACUGGCUCAGCACCGGAUUGCUAUGGCAAAGCUGGCGCUCCAGAGCUCUGACUGGGUCACAGUUGAUGAAUGGGAGAGCCAGCAGCCAGACUGGACGGAGACUGUGGUCACUAUGAGGUAUCAUUAUGGCCGUAUCUUAAAGGAGCAUGAGCAGAGCACAGGAACGCACAGUGACUCCAGUGGAAACACUUCUCCCCUGUCAAGCCCCUGUCCACAGUUGAAGCUCCUGUGUGGAGCUGAUUUCCUCGACACUUUCAAGAUCCCUGACCUGUGGCUGGACGACCACGUGGAGGAGGUGGCCGGACGUUUCGGCCUGGUCUGCGUCAGCCGAGGGGGGCUUCAGCCAGAGCGAGCCGUGCACGAGUCGGACACGCUCUCGCGCCACAGUCAAAACAUUUUCCUCGUGAGGGAAUGGGUAAGGAAUGAGACGAGUGCCACAGAGAUCCGCCGAGCUCUGAGACGGGAUCAGAGCGUGAAAUACUUGAUCCCAGACUCUGUGAUAGAAUAUAUUCACCAGCACAACCUCUACACAGAGGACAGCGAGAGGAGAAAUAAGGGCACAGUGCUUAGACCGCUUGCCAAACAGGCACAACAGCCAGUGAAGAGUCUGGAUGACUGAUAACUGAACAUGGCCCCUUGAAGUGUGAACUCACUCACAGAUCAGUGCUUCUCUUCAGGGACUGGAAGCUUUGUUAACUCUCACUGGACUGCAGUGUGAUGGAUGUUUGAACAACCUGCAAAGAAACACACAAUGCCCCAAAUGUGUUUUUCCAGGCAUCACUUGUUUUCAGUAGAAAGCAUGUACACAGUGCUGUGGUGUCUUUUUAAUCAUACACAUAGAGUGUAGCCUCAUCUUUGUGCCACAGUGUCAAUGAACAUGUGUUUGUUAAAGGUUUUUAUCCUUUCUAGUUUUACAUAUUUCACAUCAUUGCAGAGUUGAUUAAGUUGAAAUAAAAAGCUGUAUAUUUGAA